AUGAAGCGCAGACACAGCAGGAAGCUGGUGCCGAAAACCACCCAGCGGGACCUGGCCAUCUACAUCGUGUUCCUGGUAGCCCUCUGCACACUGGCGUUUGGCAUGGUGAGCUCAGACAUGUACUACCUGCAGAAAGUCAUGGCCCAGGUCUUCGUGGAGCCCUCCUCCUCUGAGGACAACAGGACCAGUUUCAGGAGCAUUGGGAGCAGAGAUGAUUUCUGGAGGUUUGCAGAGGGACCCCUCCUGGAUGGACUCUACUGGGACAAAUGGUACACCAACAGAACGUUCCCCCUCCAGCACAACAGCAGCCACAUCUACUACGAGAAUUUGCUGUUAGGAGCAGCCCAGAUCCGCCAGCUGAAAGUGCACCACAACAGCUGCUCCAUCCACCCCUCCUUCCGUGUCCUUCUGGACAGGUGCUACAGCAACUACCACUCUGGAGCUGAGGACAGCUCUGACUUUGGGCCAGGGAAUGCACCUGAGUGGAAAUACUCCUCAGCCUCCUCGUCCCUGUGGCACUGGGGGGCUGUGGCUGUGUACAGCAGUGGAGGAUACAAGUUCACCUUACCUAGGUCCAAGCAGGGGAGUCUCAAGAAGUUGGAGUUUCUCAGGCAGCACAGCUGGCUCACCAGAGGAACCAGGGUGGUGUUUGUUGACUUCUCAACAUACAAUGCAAAUGUAAACCUCUUUUGUAUAACCAGGUUGGUGGUGGAGUUCCCUGCCGGUGGGGGUGCUCUCACCUCUUCACACUUCUACUCUGUGAAGCUCCUCAGAUACGUCACUUAUUUCGAUUACUUCCUGGCUUCUUGUGAACUCUCCUGUUGCCUCUUUAUCUUCAUAUUCCUCACCCAGGAAGUUGGAAAAAUCAUAAAACUGAAAGGGAACUACUUCAGAAGUGCCUGGAACUGGCUGGAUUUGCUGCUGGUGGUGGUCUCCAUCCUUGCCAUUGUCUUCAAUAUCUACCGCACUGCACAAGUGUCCCUGCUGGUGGAGGAGCUGCUGUCUGAUCCCCAGGGGUACCCAGACUUCUACUUCCUUGCAUCCUGCCAGGUCCUUUACAACAACACAAUUGCUGUCACUCUCUUCUUGGCUUGGAUAAAGAUACUUAAAUACAUAAACUUCAACAAAACCAUGGCACAGCUGUCCUGCACCUUAUCUCGCUGUGCCAAAGGCAUCCUUGGAUUCUCCAUCAUCUUCUUCAUCAUUUUCUUUGCCUAUGCCCAGUUUGGCUACCUGGUCUUUGGGUCUCAAGCUGAAGAGUUUUCCACUUUCCAGAACUCCAUCUUCACACAGUUUCGUAUGGUGCUGGGGGAUUUUAAGUUCGAAACCAUAGAAGCAGCAGACAGAAUCCUUGGACCUUUUUACUUCAUCACAUUUGUAUUCUUUGUGUUCUUCAUAUUGCUGAGCAUGUUUCUGGCCAUCAUAAAUGACUCCUAUUCAGCAGUCAAAGCAGAAUUUGAAGUGAUGCCCAGCCAAAAGUUUCAGAUGAAAGAAUUUUUCAGACAGGCCCUUGUCAAGCUCAAGCUGAAGAAGCCAGAGAGAGAGGCAAAUGCAACACGCAAGAACUGGGAAAGAAUAUUGUUGUUAACAUCACAGAAAGAGCAAAAGCCCAAAGCUUCACAUGGCAGCUUGCUCAGGCAAGGUCACACGCUGCAGCAGCAGAGCUGGCAGUCGGGUGAGGGCAGUAGGAAGCAAUCAAAACUGCAGGAAAUGGAAGAGAGACUUGGUCGGAUGUAUCCACCUGCUAAGGACAUGGACGCCGUCACAGCUCAAGGCUCCAUCUCCUCUGCAGAAUACCUGAUGCUCCUCAGCUACCUAGCUGAGCUGCGGGGAGAAUGCAACAGAAUGAAGAAGAGAAUCCAGAGUGCCCUAGAAACCAUGCAGCUGCAGCAGCACAAGGAGCAACCCUGCUUACAGGAGGCCGAGCGCCACCGGACACCGAAACGUUCCUUACGUUCCUCAGAUCUUCCUCAAGCGGAGAUGCAGUAUCCAAUUCAGACAAAACACUAUGUCACCACUAGCUGA